AUGUAUUCAUCAAGCUAUACUUCACCUAAUAAAAUUAUUGAUAGUAAUUGUGUUGAUAAAGGAAAUCUAUUUUUAGGUAAGCUUAAUUAUUUAUUACAAAGGAAAUAAACAUUCUACAGCUAUAUAACAUUUGGAAUAAUUAUAAAUUGGAGCUAUCUUAACAGUAGCUGAUGAUAUAAAUAUAAGUUUACCUAAUAGAAAUCAUCUUAUUAUAAAUGCUUAAGAUGUACCAGAAUAUUAGAUUUGUAAAUCAAAUAAAAAAUUAAACUAAUAUAGGUCUUCAUUUCAAAGAAUGCUUUUAAUUUAUAGAAUAAAAUCUUCAAAGCACAAAUGUGUUGGUUCACUGCUUUUAAGGUGCUUCUAGAUCAGCAACUAUUGUAGCUGCAUAUUUAAUGAAAAUUUAAAAGUAAUACGAAAAAUUUUAAUUAUAGAAUUCAAGCAAAAGAAGCACUUUAAAAAUUAAAGGAAAUUAGAAAGAUUGUUUGUCCAAAUAAAGGAUUUAUAUCUUAACUUGAAAAUUUUGAAAAAAAUCUAAUGUAAUUUGAUAAUUCUAAUUGA